AUGGAAAUUGUAAACAAAUCCAGCUGACUCGCACGUGACACCGCUGAGGCCGCUUCACACCGAGGAACUUUGAUAUAGUGUCAUUUUCUGCAAGGAAUAGGAUUUCGUUGCUGAUACGAGUUCAUCAUGAAGUUGGAGAAGAGCAUGCACUUCCUAGCAUUUCUGCUCAUAGUUCUUCAGUGUGGGAUGUCCCUUGGACAGAAGACUUCAAAUAUUGAUGAGUUACUUAACUGGUGUUUAGAUGCAAGGCAUCACAAAAAGUCGCCUGGACCAGAGGGUGAUCUUUUCAAACAGUGUACUCCAUGGAAAACGAGAGCUUGUUGCACAGAAGAAGUUACAAGGAAAAUUCAUGAAGACAGUCUCUACAGUUUUAAUUUUAAUCACUGUAUGCACCAGACAAGGAAGGAAAUGUCACCUGAAUGCCACAGACACUUUAAACAGGACCACUGCUUCUAUGAAUGCUCUCCAAAUAUUGGUCCCUUUGUUGUGUCAGAGAAACGAUCAUGGCGAAAAGAACGUUACUUCAAUGUCCCACUCUGUGCAAGUGACUGCGAAGCAUGGUUCAGCAGCUGUGCAGAUGAUUACACUUGUACAGACAAUUGGUCACGGAAUUUUGAAUGGCUUGAGAGUUCACAGUGUACUUCGGGUACAAAGUGUAAAACCAAUUUUUGUCCAAAAGGGUCAGACUGCAGGACAUUCAAGGAGAUUUACCUGACAGCUCAAAAUUUCUGUGAAAAAGUUUGGGAUCAUGCAUGGAAAUACACAAAUGACAGUAGCCCAUGUAUGCGAUUGUGGUUUGAUGGAAUUAGAGGAAACCCCAACGAUCUGAUUGCUAAACAUUAUGCCUUUAAAAUUGCUGGAGCAGAAUCUCUCUCAGGUAGUUUGCAAUUCUUAAUUGCUGUGGUAGUUUUAAUGUGGACUGUUUACUAGGUGUACUGCCAAUACUCACUCUUUUUGGUUUAGCAUUGUAAGGUGUACCAUGUAGGGAAGGAAAUAUUACCCUAUUAUGUAAAUCAUACAUUGUUAAAGAGAGUUAUUCUAAAGUAAUAUCAUUUAAUGUUAUAUAUUCUAAAAGUAACAUAUUGAAAAGUAUAUAACUAAUGUUUGGGUUUUGUAAUAAAUUUUUGCAUUAAAGCAUAGGACAAUGCAAGAAUAAGAGGCACAAUAUUAUGUUUCAGCAGUAAUUGACUCAGGUAUAUUUUGAAUAGGUAAAAGGCAACAUUCCAUCCACAUAGAGUAUGUGAAAUAUAUUUCUGUGUACUUAAAAUCUAAAUACUUAAACUCUUGAUGAUUCAGAGAGGACCAUUAUUUAUAUAUGCUUUUAUACUAAACAGUGAUGUGAUCAUUACAGGUUUUCCGUUGACCUGGAAUUACUAUAAAAAAGAGCUCAAUUCUUUGUACAAGAAUUAAUAUGUAGACUUUGCAUAAUUGCACUUUCAAUAUAAUCUUAAUUUAAUAAAAAAAAUUAUGGACUCUUCUUGCAAAAUGAGUGGUUACCUAUUAUUUUAUUGUGAUAAGAGGUAUGAAAGUGGAGGAAUGAUUCUACAGUGUAAAGUAAUUAAUUAAAGUUGUAGUUUUAUAUCUUCAUCAGAAUUAUGUGAUAAUUCUCAUAAAGAUGUAGUAUUAUAGCUUAUGUUGUAUUGAAAAUCAUUCAUAUUUGUACCUUUUCAAACUCUUACAGUGAACUCUUUACAGUUUGAGGUGAGAUUAUUGUUUUUAUGAGUAUGAAUUUAAGUACUGGGAAAGGACACUGCCAUUCUUUAAGCAAAAAUUUGGAAAUGCUUGAUGAUUGGUAUGAAGUGCAGGUAUUUAAGAUCUGUAUGCAAAAAAUAAAUUUUUAAAAGUGCAAUACAAAAAUAAUAGACAUUUAUAAAUGCAUGUAGUUAGAACAGUGUGAGUGAAAGGAAUAAUAUGACAAAAAAAAUAUGUACAUUCAGCAUUUUAACUAAAAAGUUUAUUUUGAGAAUGAAUCUCGUUAAUAAUGGUUGUAUAUGACAAUUUACGUACUGUUGCCUGUGUGUUGACCAAAUACAGGAAUGUGUGUA